AUAUUAUUUUGAAAUCAAUAUAUUCACAACCCUAAUAAAAAUCCUAUUUUUGUUUUCCAAUGCAAAAUUUAACGAAUUAAAUGACGGCCAACCUGUUGAACCUGAACGUGGACACGCUGUUCGAACAGCAUGGCGUGUCCGAGAUCGAUGCCGUGCACAAGAAAAUCCAGACUCUGGUGGAGAACAAACGCGAGGAGCUCCGAACCCAUGUCGGGGAGCGGUACCGGGACCUGCUACAGGCGGCGGACACCAUUGCGGCAAUGCAGACGUCGGCCGGCACGCUCAUCGAGCAGGUGCGUCACGUGCAGGCCAACUGUCGCAGCUUAAACGAGCAACAGCUCCUGGGCUUCCAGUCGGCGGCGAAUACCACUUCAAGCACGUUAGACAGUCGCCCGGAGGCGGCGCUGCACCAGCGGAGCGCCGGACGAAAGCUGCAGACGUACUACGGCACCAUGGCGCAAAUCAAACUGCUCACCGCCUUGCCUGAACUGAUCUGGACACAUCUGGACAACGAGCGCUUCUACGCCGCAGCUGAGCUGUUCAUCUUUAGUCGCCACAUCAGCACCGGUCUGCAGCUGGACGGACAGAGUGCGCUGAUGCAAAAGUUGCCCGUGGCUCGAAAGCAAUGGGAGAUCCUGCGUCCCUUCCAUGUGACCAUUAAGCAGGCGGUGUUGGCCGCUCUGGAGCGGGAGGAGCUGGUGCCCGAGGUAGCAGUGGACUGCUUGCAGAGUCUGCUGUUGCUAGACAAGAGCGAUCUGGGCGCCGUGCUGCAAACAUUUCUGGGUCUGCGCUCCUCGGCCUUUCUGAGCUGCCUUCAGAACAGACCCUCGGAGUCGCGUCGCGUCAAGGAGCGUAUUCUGGCCAGCUUGGGCGUACUGAACGAUACCGUGGAGCUAAUAGACAAAUGUCUGCUGAAUGAUGGCCUUCUGUUUACCCGACUGGCGGACUGUGCCUCCUCCACGUGCCCGCCUAGCAUCAACCGGAUGGAGAGCGGCGAGAGGCAGCUGGCCCACCUGCUGCCAGACAUUAUCGCUGGCUUCAGGCCACAGUUUGAGGUUCCUCAGCUGACACCUGAGCAACUGGGCGCUGCCCUUAAGCAGUGGCUGGACAAGAUGAACGCCCUGGCAGCGGCUCACCUGCAGCAGGUCUUCGCAUUAGUCAGUAACAUGCAGACCAUUCAGGACAUCAAGUCGGCAGCCAGGUCAAAUGGAAGGCCAGACUUUGCGCGCCUAGAAGAGCAACUACACUUGGAGCCCAGCCAACUUGACUUCUACUCUCGCAAGUAUGUGCCACUAAUCAACGCCCGUGUGCGAGAAAUUAUACGCAGCAGCUGGGCGGCGGCCAUGAAGCAGACCUACGAGCGGAUUCUGGUGCUUAUCGAAGCCGGGCAGGUACAGGCGCCGCUUGAGAUAUGGCGAGAGCAGAACGACGACCUGCCCCUGAGCUUGGCGGCGGCUCUCAGCGACCAACCGAAGCGGUUGGCUAACCGGACGAAGGGAUACGAUGGGGCCACCGGGGAGCUGUGCAAGCAGUUUGACUCACAACUGGCAGAUAUUGUCCAGGAGCUGAAUGUAAUGCUGCAGGAGCAGACAACGCGGUCGGAGGACAAACUCUCGCUAAUCACGUUCCUCCGCGAGACAGCCCAAGAGCAGCUUACCGAGUAUCUGAGCAAUUUGAAGGGACUGCAGUUGAAGGAGCGCCCUGCACUGCUCCUGGCUCUGCGUAACAGUCUGGCCUUGGUGGAGUUGUGUCCCAAUCUGAAACUGUGCUUCUGCCAACCCUCCAGUUGGAGACAGUGGACAGCGAACGUAGCUGGUGUGGGCAUCGAACACUGGCAGCGCAUUUGCGGUCUAAUCGAAGAGGAAAUGCUUAGCUUCUGGCUGCUCAUCGUAGACGAUGUGCUGGCGAGUUGCAGUUGCGAGGACAAACUGCCGAAGGUCAUCAACCACGAAGUGGUCUUGAGGGAUUUUGCGCUCUGGCAGACCUUGACACUGGAGCAGCGUGACGAGGAGCAGGACAAAAGUGUCCAGUCAACGAUUCGCAUUCCUAGCCAACCGCGACACUCCCUCCAAACGUACCUACAUCAAUUGAUCCAAGCACUAAAUAUGGCCGUUCCCCAGACCUUGCCACCCAAAGUGUUGCACGCCUUUAAUCAGCGUCUUUUGGGGCAAUUACUGUCUCACUACGAAGGAAUCAUCACGGCGGAGGGCACCAAGUCCAGUCAGAACAUUGCCCUGCAGCUGUACUUCGAUCUGAAGUUCCUGGAGCGCGUGUUCGCCAUCAGCCGUGAGGAGCGGCUUCUGUACGACCAGAUACACGCCCAGCAGAAUCAGUUACGCGAUUGCAUCGAUCCCUUCGACUUCGAGCUGUUCGCCGAGCACAUUACUUCGCACGUGGCUAGAGCUUCGAGUCGCCUGCAGGGAGAACUGGGAGUGCUGACACCAUCGGCACCUGCUCCAAGCCAGAGCAGUGCUUUGGCCCAUGAAGCCGAUCCCAAUGUGUUGUGCCUCAGCUCAUCCGGAUCCACAUCGCUGUGGUUCCUGCUGCCAAUUGUGAUGCCCCAAGCGGCAGGAGGAGGAGGAGGAGGAACUGCUAACGAGCGGAAGCUAUUAGCCCCGGAGCCGGCGGAGAAAAUAGCGCCAACGACCACGACACCGACACGGAAGUCCGGGGGCAGUGGAGCCCGCAAGGCAGACAGCGGAAAAUCCAAGUCGAGCGCAGCCUCAUUCUUCGGGAUGUCCCAGGAGUGGUUUCGCUAGAAAAGUCAACUCAAGUGGCCUGUGAAGUGCAUCCGAGUGGAAUUCGAAGGGGCCUCGCACAACUGUUCCAUUGUUAAGCUGAGCAUUCGAAAUGUUUAACCUGUAAACCCCUAGCCUAUAGCCUAUAGCCUUGUAGCCUGUAGCUGCUUUCCAAACACAUUUGUAAAAUGGGCGCAGCAGCGUCAAGUAAUCGUAAGAGAGUCACAGAUAUAUAUAUAUAUUAUAGAUACAUAUUCCCUGAUACCAAGUUUAA